AUGUCGUUCAUUCACACCAACAAACCGCGCACGUUAGCGAACUUAUUCGACGACUUGGAUUUGUCAGACGAAAGUGUUGGGGAAAACACCGUGUACAGUGAAGCAGUUCCUUUGACAGGAAGACCAAUAGAACGAGACACCCGGCAUUCCUAUUUGACAGAGGAAGCAUCAUUUGGUCGAGAAAACACCCAACGAGAUUGCAAAUGCGCUUCUUGCCUACUAGCGGUCACACCAUCAUUCAGAGCGGAUUUUGAUAACGUACGACGAGUCUUCUCGUCUGAAAAGUUACUUCGACAAGCGGCUGUGUUUGCUGGAACUAGAACAAUAAGAGACAAGAUUGAAGACUAUUUCCAUGCCACAUGGGCUCAUCCUCUCCAUCUUGGGAUACCAAUAGUCCAAUCCGUUUCGUUCAUGAGUAAUGACAAGCAAUUGUGUGAGAGAUUCGAUGAAUAUCUAUCCGAAUUGGCUUUUGACAACAUUGAACCGAACGUAAAACCAUUAUGGCAUGGCACAAAUGUUAGAUGUCUGCUCGGGAACGAGCCGUGUAAUUCAGAAUCAGAUGAUGCCUGUGCCUCGUGUAAUAUUCUAAGAAAGGGUUUUGAUCUGAAUAAAAGUGGCAGUGCCCAUCCAUACAGAAGUUAUGCAGAUUCCAGAAACCACCAUAACGCAUACACAAUACUGUUCUGUUGGGUAGCACUUGGCCGCGAUUUUGCAACGUCAGAAGAUCUUCCUCAUUUGACCGAACCUCCAUAUCGAUACCAUUCGAUACAUGGUACAGUAGGACCUCGAUUGAACUAUGAGGAGUAUGUGAUUUAUAGAACGGAUGCUGCGGUCCCGUUCGCGGCCGUGACAUAUAAAGUAAAAGACAACAUUUAA